GUUUAAGUUCAUGGUUCACCAAGCUGUCAGUAAUCAAGUGCGCCGUGCUCUGGUCACGAUCAUGAACAGGGUUUCAGCUGCAAGACCUCAUCAUGUUGAGACUCUCGCUUUUGUUUACGAUCUACUGCUCAAUCGAUGCGUCAUUCUAUCAUUCCGAGAAACCGACACUGGACGCGCUGGAGCUCUGGCAUUGUACCACGGAUGCCAUAAACGAUACUUGCGUGCAGUCCUCGGGAGCCGAUCGCGAUCAAGUCCAGCUGCUUUGGUCGGACCUGAUGUACUCCGAAACUAGAAACUUGAAGUGCUACCUUGCGUGUAUGUACAAAAAUGUCGAUUUCAUGAACAGCCAUGGCGAGCUGGUGGGACCCACGAUAGUGCAGGAGAACGAGAAUCUCAUCACCAUGGAGGAAUUCGAGCUAUGCGAUGAUGUCGCAAAGCGUAUCGCCGACCAAUGCGAGAAAACGUUUGAGUUCUCAUAUUGUCUUACCCAUACUAAUCACACUAAUCACAAAUAGAAGCAUCUUAGGGGGCCCUUUUGUAUUUUACAGCCUUGCGUUUUAUUCCAGAAUAUUGAGUUAAAUAUGUAUCGUAUGGAAUAUAAAUAAUGACGUAACCUCUUGGGAUCCUUACUGUUAAUAUAAAUAGUAUUGAAUGUAUCAUUUUUCCAAUCAAUUGAAGUCACACCCCU